AUGCGCCGGGCUUCUCAACCCCCAAACUAUCUCUCUCUCACUCUCUCUCUCUCUCAACGGCGACGAGCGAAUCGCAUGAAUUAGAUGAGAUGGGAGGCGGCGGAGACGGAGGCACUGCAGGAGCGCAUCUGGGACCUCCACGACAAGCUCAGCCACGCCAUCCUCUCCCUCUCCGCCUGCGUCCGCCUUCCGGGCUGCCACUGCCGCGCGCCCAACGGGCACGUGGUUGUCAAGGGGCGGCCGCCGCAGGGAGGAGAGAAUUGCGACCUUGCGGCGACCAUGGCGGACGCGCGGGUCCUGCACGCCAUCCGCGUCGCGGUCGUCGACCUCGAGGGUCACCUCCACUUCCUUAAUGAUAUUCAGUUACAACAGCGGGCAGAACGUGAUGCUGCAAUUGCUAGGGUGCAGCAAAGCCGUAUUCUCCUUGCUGCGAGGUUGGUUGACCAUAGAGGGAAGAGACAUGGAGUCAUUGAGGAAGCCUUGGGUUUUGUGGAUGAUGUGCUUGAAAAAAGUGAAUUUGUCUCGCCAGAAGAUGUCUAUGGGGUGCACAGCCCAGGGGAAGAUGAGAAGGAUCCCGGGGUACACGGUUCAAACAUGAUGGUGCGUGUGGUAUCCUGCAGUUUUUCGUUAGCCAAGAACGUUUUACGAUUGCAGAAGAUUGGUGGUACGUUGGGUAAUGCUACUGUGUUUGCAGUAAGUACGCUUGCUUUCUUGCAGCUGCAUCAAUUUGCCUUUGGUAAACAAACUCCAGUAGUUCAGUUUACGAGAACUGAUAAUCAUUUCCGUUCUGGAGAAUCAAGAAAAAACAGUAAAGAAAAGCAUCUGGAAGUGUUAUUAGCUAGAGGUUGAGGAAUUAUCGGAUGGUUUGUACAGGAAGCCUUGUUAACUUUCCAUUGGUUUUGUUAGGUCACUAGUCAUUGCAUUCUUUUGGAUGGGCUUUUCUGCAGUCUGCCCUCAUCAUGAAGUUGUACCACACAAGUUGUAAAUGGUUUGCGACUAGCAAUAAUAGAUGGAAUGGAAAAAUCUGCAAGACCGGUUUCCUUUUCGUCAACUAA